AGUACUACAACGCUAUCUCUCAACCCAACCCUUUCAUUUUCAUUUUCAUUUUUCAAUCACUUCACUGUCACCAUGGAAAAUGGAGGCUUUCAUGGCUACCGCAAGCUCCCCAACACCACCAACUCUGCUGGGCUGAAGCUGUCAGUGCCAGACAUGAACAACACGAACGUGAGGCAGGCAUCUGGAGAGAACAACAACAACAACCACGCAGCAGAUGAGACCAACAACGAAUGCACCGUGAGGGAGCAAGACCGUUUUAUGCCAAUCGCGAAUGUGAUUAGGAUCAUGCGAAAGAUUCUCCCCCCACAUGCCAAGAUCUCUGAUGAUGCCAAAGAAACAAUUCAAGAGUGCGUGUCUGAGUACAUCAGCUUUAUCACCGGAGAGGCAAAUGAGCGUUGCCAGAGGGAACAGCGCAAGACCAUAACUGCUGAGGAUGUGCUUUGGGCCAUGAGCAAGCUUGGAUUUGAUGAUUACAUGGAACCACUGACCAUGUACCUUCACAGGUAUCGUGAGCUCGAGGGUGACCGAACCUCCAUGAGAGGUGAAUCACUGGGGAAGAGGACUAUUGAAUACGCCCCUAUGGGUGUUGGCGUUCCCACUGCUUUUGUGCCUCCACCGUUUCACCCCAAUGGAUACUAUGCUCCUGCCAUGGGGACUUACGUUGCGCCACCAAACCCUGCGUCAUCUCAUCACCAUGGAAUGCCUAGCACUGAACCGAAUUCUCGCUCCAUGUGAACUAAUAAUGAUGAUGAUGAAGACGAGUGUCGAGUAGUACUGAGUACGAGUCAGAAGAAGAAGACGACGACGACUUUAAUCAACUAGCUUAACUCUCGGUGAUUAGAGUACUGUUGGUAGUCAACCUUAUAAUGGAUGGGAUUAAGGAGUUGCUAUAUUCCUAAUCCUAAUCAUCUCUAUGUUAAUCUAUGCAAUAACUUCGCUUAUGUUUUGGA